AUGGCUGCCGCUGGCUUCGACAAGCGAUCGAGCAGUGCAUCGUCAUUGCAGACUCCUGGAUCUGGAAGCUUUCCCUCCGAGAUGUGCAGUCCUCUGACCGGCUCUCCUGGCUUCCUCAAGAAGGACGAACUGAAGACGCCCAUCACGCCACCUUCGGCAUAUCUGGACUUUCUCAAUAAGAUGUCCCCAGCCAUGAUGAGCCCAGCACCCACCAGCACCAGCAGUCGUUUCAACUUUGGAGAGAAGACAUCAGCGCCUUCAUCCGCACCCGGAUCCCAGAAGCAUUCGAUCACUCCUCCGCUUACUGCGCCGCUACCUCCAAUGUCACGGAACACUUCUUACGACUCUCAAACUUCCACCACCUCCAACGUAUCUCAACAGAGCGCAACAUCCCAGUCCAGCUCGAAUGGCACAUUGAGAUCACGACCUCAAUCACCCCGAGUCAUCAUCCCACCAUCACCAUUCGCGAAACCAGCAGCACCCCGAUCGGCACGCACUCCCCGGUUACGCAUCCCCCAGUCACCCUUCACUCCAGCCAUUGGAUCGGCCCAGUCUGUUCCCUCACCGUACUCAACAACACCAGUCAGCGCUGCACCCUGGAGCGCAUCAUUCUCACCUCGAGAACCAAUCCCCGAAACGACAAAUGGCAAGAUGAGCGUACGGCAAGUCGUGACAAGGACAGUCACCUACUGCCGAACACCGCUUGACCCUGCGCCAAAGGGCAAGAGGAGAAAGAUCGAGGUCGAGGAUCUUGGCUCGAAGUCGUCGUCUGAGGAGCCGCCGAUCAAGGAGGAGGAGAAGGAGGAUGAAGAUAUUACACCGUCGACUGCACAGCCUGUUGAGCCGCCGCCGAGGGAUACAGAGUCCAUGGAUCAUCAGUGA